AUGGCUCCUCCUGAAGUAAAUGGGUCUGCUGGAGCUGCUGCUGCUGCUGGUGGGGCCCUGAAUAAGAAGGUUUCGGAGCCUGUUACGCCAAGGACGCUCUUCAACGGGGUCCAAGGCCCUUUCGGUGUGGAGGACAUUGCUGAGUUGUCGGCGAAGACGUCUGCGCUUCGAAUCGAUGAUUUGCAAAAGGACGAAAGGGAAAAGCUAAAGGCGUCAGCGGAGGUUUCAGGGAAGCACCAGCCUUCAACGUCCGGGGUUCAGCAGAACGGGAAGGAAGCGGCUAAAGAGACAGAGGAGGAAGACGGUUACCUCAGCGACGGCCCUAGCGAGUGCCAGGACCCGGAGGUGAUUAAUGAUAUCGCGACGCAGGCGGGCUUCGCUAUUGCGCUCCUUAUCCCUUUCAAAUGGGUGGAGGAAGUCCCGCGUACGAUUGGCACGGUCCAAGAGCUGCUCAGGCUGUGGGAGGGUCACAUGACGGCGGUUGCCAAGACGACGACUAAGUUUCACAAGCUGUCGCCGACGUGGCUCUCCAAGCAGCAUUUCGGCCGUCUCCAAGUUGUUUUCGCGCAUGCUGCGGAUGCGAAUUUCAUGUGGAGCAGGAAAGUGGAACAUGAGACGGUGACCAAGCUCCGAUUGACGCUGGGGUGGCAGCAUCCGGAGAAUCAAGAGUACCUGAGGGAGCGUUCGGCGAGGCAAGAGGCGAUCGAGGUGCUGUUGAAAGGUGUCCCCGCGGUCAUCUCGCCGGAGAUGGUCCGAAAGAGCCUUGUGACAGCGACUCUGUUGAAGCGCAAGCGUACGGCGUUCCUGGAGGGAGUGGCUUUUCACAGGGUGGUGGAUCCGGUGACAGGGUCAGACACGGACAAGAUCAAGGGGCUGGUCUUUCGCCACCCCGGGGAUAAGUAUAAGUGGUGGCACAAGGUGUCGGACAAGAUCCACGGCACAUAUUUGCUGGUCUCUUUCCCCGCUCUCACCUGCUCGUUUUGCAACGGCAUGCACAUGUCCUGUUUUCAUGAUGACUAUGUGACGGAGAGGCAUGACAAUUUCACCAGGUGGAACUUACCGCUGGAGCGGGUGCACGAGAUGAAUGGUAAUAACAUCCUCCCGAGCUGUGUUUUUCAGGACGAUGUAGCAGUCGACGACGCUGGUGCAGCGGCUCACCUCUGUGCCAUCUCCCCUCUGAGCAGCGGCCUCACUGAAGCUGACCUCAGCUACAAAGGCCAUCAUGGAAGACCCGGCGAUGGUGCUUACCUCCACCAGCGGGGUUCGGGAGGAGUGGUUGUGCGUCCAGGAGGGCUGCGAGAAGGCACAUGGCGUCAGUUUCGCGCAGCCUGCAGUGCACGCGGCAUCGGACCGCCACUGUACCGAGCGCCUCAAGGCAGGGUCAGCGACCCGUCGGAGCAAGGGGAAGCUGAAUCUGCUGGCGGUCAGGAAGGAGUUCGGGAUGUAAUCUCCCAGACGCAAGGGCGAGGUUCUGAUGCGAGUCCUGCGCGUGGUAACAGUAAUGUGGAAGUAGACAUGGAGCCAGCGGGGAUGCACCUGGUUUUCGCAGGUGAUCUCAACAUAAUCGGGGACCCGGAGCUGGACAGGUCGUCCCGCACAGGGUCCAGCAAAGAGAAUCAGCGGCUGCUCGAGGCCUGGUCGGCUUUUGAUCUCAAGGACGCGUUUCGUGCGCUUAACCCAGGAGAGAGGCAGUACACGUUCCGUGCGAGGCCGUCCGACACCAGGUCUAGGAUUGACAGAGCCCUGGUGUCUGCCUCGUUGCUGGGAUAG